AUGUCCUACCCUUCUUUGUCCAAUUACUACGGCUCCUCGGCGCAACCACCAAAUACUGAUAGUAAUGCCUAUACAUCUAACAGAAGCUCCGGCGCCUAUAACUAUCCAUCUUCAAUAACAGGCUCUACCAGUGGUCAGCAGGUUUCAUAUGGUUCGUCAGGAUAUGGAUACACGGGACAAUCUUUAUACCCUAAUAAUACAAAUAUUGAGCAAGAUACGGAAGGAUAUGCGAACAGCGCAAACUACAACUAUCGAAGAAACAAUCAGUAUGAUCAUCAGGAUUCGUCACUAAAUGAUGCAUAUCCGCAGAACUACUAUGGUCAGUCCAACCCCAACAACAGUCAGCAUCCUACACAAAGUCAUGCUGAAGGCCUGAGUAAUCUCGCAUAUGCGUCGGGCUUGGAUCCGUCGACCACGAGGUCAACCACGUCGCGGGACACCCAGCAUCAUAGUGCUGUUCCCCAACACGAUCGUACACAGUCACCUGUCGAAAUGCCAUCGAGAUACUCGGUCAACCCUCCCACUGUCUCCACGUCGUAUCCUAUGCAGCAACAGGCUUCUGCAUCCUCAAGCUCGAGUCAACAGCUCGCUCACAAUGCUGCCGCUGCUCUAGCUGGGGCCGUUGGUCGAAGAUACCCUAACCAGCAGCAAGGUAAAACUGCCAGCCCUUCGCCAAAUGUGCCGAAUGCUAGGCCUAGUGUGACACAGCGAACUGCUUCACCACAGGUUUAUGUUACGAGCACUUCAUACUCUGCUUACAGUCAACAGCCGUCAACUGUGGCCAACAUCUCGCACUCUUAUGUAACAAAUCAGCAGCCCCGGUCCACACGAGGGAAUCAACCCGGUUCAAAUCCUCCCGCAAGCGCAAGACAAACGCACAUGUUAAAUGGUACAACCACAGUUCAGAAGUCUAAUGUCUCCUCAAAUCAGGCUAACCAACAGCAGCAAUCCACCAGUACCAAACGUCGCAAUAUUCAGCAAAUGGGCAGCAUUGCUAACCUCGUGACUGCUGCUCAUGAGGCUGAGUCGGGAGGUUACGCUCAAGCUCCGGCGACGCCAGAUUCUGCACCAAAUUUCAUCGAUCCCACUGCUGUCUUCGAUCCGUAUCACCGAGAGCGUGAAAGAAGACGUCAAGAGGCGGCCGCUGGGGCUCGAAGAAAGGCCGAAGAGCAAAACCAAGCUGAGGUAGCAAGAACACAGGGCGAAGCAGAGCUCGAACAACAAAUGCCUCAAGGAGACCAGCAGAAAGCCGUCAAUGUGCAGAAGCGGCAGGCUGCAAAGGAAACGUCCACAUCCUCUGGUAAAAAAUCCGAAAAGCGGAAAGCAGACGAAACGACAGCCUCGACCUCGACCGUGGCUGAGCCAGCAAGCACUGUUGUAGGGACGGAAGAGGAGGCCAUGGCAUUGGAGAUGAAGUCAAUCAUGGAAAAAAUGAAGUCGUUUCAAAGCAAAGAUCCUUCCCUGUUUAAGAAAUUGUGGAACGAUAUGCGCCAACCAGGUUCACAGGCACCAAGCAAUGUGGUGCAAUCACCUUCUCCUCAAAUUAUAUAUCAACCCCUACCCGGGCCAACAGCCUCUAGUGAUAUCGCAGCGAACCAACAAACACCCAACCGUCCGAUCUCAACUCAGGUCAGUGAAUCAGUAGAAAGGCCAUUAAACGGUAAGAGGAAGGCUGCUAAGGUUGGUCCGGAUGGAAGCAAGCUGUAUCUCAAUGGCUACUCUGUUGUCGUCGAGAACAAUGCCGAGGGUUUGCCAGAUCUGGGACGAUUCCCAGCCGAGAGAAGGAUUCGGUCGGCCAAAUACAACAGGAAAGAGAAGGCAGAUGAUGAUCAGGAAGUCACUACGGAGGAACAACUUGCUGGCUCUACUUUGUCGCAGUCGGAGAAUCCUCCUCCAUUGCCUGCAGUGACUGCAUCUGCACGAUCUUUCAAUAAGAAGUCCGCUUCGGCCGCAAAAGCCCAAGCUACGCCGUCAGCUCUUCAAAACGCACUUGGUUCAGCAGCCAGCGGUAGUACAGUAAUUGAUGGAUCCGGAACUGCGAAAUCCUCCUCUGGAACUGUUUGGCCGCUUGAAAAAAGAAAUGCUCUCACGAUGACCGCUAUGAGGGUCCUGAAAGCUAACCCAGAAAAUGCUAACAUCGAGCUAGCGGAGGACGACUUGCGGAAGAUGUUAGAGAACAAUCCUUCAUAUAUUACACUGUGUGAACUGCUUGAGCAGCGUGGCUUGAAGUUUCACAGAGGCCAUUUUGCCAGAGAGCUCCUGAAUAGUGUUCCCGAACUCAAAACUCCAACGCCUGUAGCUAACAUACCACCAACGCCUACUCAGCAGUUGCAGGUCGCUGUCACAACCUCGGCGGAAGCUUCUACUCCGGCUCAACCUGCGCCAACACCUUCUCAGCCACCAUAUCCAGUACCACCACCGGGCUACAUGAUACAAUGGCAUAAUUCUCCAACUGGGCAAUUCGUACCUCCUCCACCUAAUGCUCAAUAUGGCCAGGGUGUGCUUCACUCAUCUGGUUAUGGACAUCGACCGCCGUCGUCGCUCAAGACACCCAAAUCGAAAUUGCCCAAACGGCCUGAACCAGUUCCAGGCUCGAAGGAAGCAGCAGCCAGGAAGCGUGAUUUUUCCGAGUUAGUCGAUCUGACACAACUUACGGAGGAUGAGAACUAUGUCGUGCCGGAUAAGCUACCGCAAUCUGAUGAUAUAGAUUCCGAUGUUGAGAUGAAGGGCGAUACAUUUCAAGUGUUCCGACAUCAGUCUCAGGCACCGGCUGGGCCGAAUCAAGUGCAAACACAUCCGGGCUACUAUCCUGCACCUGAACAGCCAGUUCAAUUCAAUCCACAAUAUCCACAAGUACAACUUCAACCUAGGAAGGUGGACAACGUGCAGGAUUCUAGAAACCAGCGUACGAUCCUUGCCAAGCCUCUGCACAAGAGUGAAGCAUUGAGAAAACAGUACUAUGAUCCAAAAACAGUGGCCAGGGACGUCCUCAUUGCCUCAGGACGACAUCCAUCCGAACGUCCGCUCAAUGUGCAUCUAGCUGGAAUGUUGGGUAAACACAUCGACCUCGAGUCUGAUGUGAGUACUUUUGAAUGGGAUGAGAUAGAUCCAGGUGGCCCAUCAGUGUCUAAAGUUGAAUUGGUAGAUCUACCUGCAACGAAGCCCCGGUUUAAGCUUGGAGAUCGAACAGUACGGAAAGCCAAAAUGCCCGUCGACAGAACGCGUCAUCCCGAAAAGGAAAAGCGUCCUCCGAAUGCGCUAGCGUCUCCGAGCCAGCCUCAAGCACCUUCAGCAAACACUCAGUUUCCAAAGUUUCCAAAGUUGAAAAAUCCUUCGGGCCUGCGUCACUCUCUACUCGCCUCUGACGCACACGCUACGCCUGCGACGUUCGACCCGACCCGUCCUUCUCAUGUACUACCUAUCGAGCCUGCGUCCUCUGCUCAAAACGGUUCUCCUGAAGGCAACGUGCCUGUAGUCAAGAGAAGGAUGGGACGACCGCCAGGAUCGAAGAACAAAUACCCUUCACUCAAAGCACUGAAGGAACAGGCAGCCGCUACUUCGGCAACUGUGACGAUCAAUGUGCCACAGCGCGAACCGACUCCUAGUCGAGACAAGUUCAAGUGCAAGUGGAAGAAGUGUCCGACUGUCUUGCACAAUCUUGAUGUCCUUCGAAAACACAUCGGUCGUGUCCAUCGUCCCUCCAAUGAUGAUGCUGCCAAUGAGGGCUACACGUGCUGGUGGAAGAAGUGCAAAUUCCUCAAGCAGGAUGAGAACGGCGAUUGGAUCACAACCAAAGCAUUCGAGCAUUGGGAAGAGUGGCUGAAGCACAUUGAGCGUGACCACAUAACCCCAAUAGCUAUGAAGUACGGUGAUGGUCCAGCCACGGCACAUGUUGAUCCAUUAAUCAUACAACGCGACCGCGAGGCUUAUUGUGCAGAUGGUCGUCACCACGAAGUCACGCCCAUGAUCAACGACAAGGACAAUGGCAAUGAACAUUACCCUCGUGACGUCCUCAACCUUACCGAAGUAACACCCCACGAUAUUCCAAAGAAGAGCCUGACUCACGAGCAGAAGACUGAAAGAGCCGCUUUCGAUGCGUUCCUGAGGGCACACGGCUUGAGCGCAGACACCAAGGCAGCGAGCAAGGAGGUUUUAAGAGCAUUUGAGAAACGCAAGGAGAAGAUGGGACCAGGUCUGGAUCGUGGUGGCUGUACACUUGUUACGCAAGAGAUGAGGGAGACCUUCGUGCAGAACCCCGGUGUUCGUCAGGUUGUGGCGUGGGAUGCUUGA